GCGAGAAAGGCAUGUUAUUACAUAGACAACUGGAAGGAGGAUAACAGGAAGGGAGGAGGGGAAGUAUUUACUGAUUAUAAUAAUACACAAUUCGAAACAGUUAAGAGAUAAUCGAAGUUUUUUACAUUCUGUAACUAAGACAAGGCACGUGCACUUUACUAACAACUCUAGUUUCUAUUAUAUUCAUAAACUAUUAAUUUUAUUUUAAUAGGGAUACAUAGCAACAUUUCAGUUCAAACAUAUUUUGCAUUCUAGUUGUUAAAAAUGCAUUCGAAGAAGUACACCGUGACAGAAGUGUACUAUGAAAGUGACGACAACGUCAAUUCUAGAACUGCUGCACUUGAUGUUAAGAGUAGCAAACAACUGACACCAGGAGGCAAUAGUUUCUUGUCCGCCAAGUGGGACACGUUUCUGCCAUGGUUAUGCUGUGUACUUUUAGGACUUUGUGCCUUAGUUUUUAUCUUGAGUAUCUGGUUAGUGGGAAGAGCUUCGUUUCUUGGACAAAGUUCAGUUUCCAAAGAUACGUUGAAGAUUGGACAAACGGGUCAUUUUCGUAACCAUCCUUACCCAGCAGCACGCAAUAUGGGGAAACUUGUGGUUUACCCUCAUCAGGAAAGUAGAGGUGAUAAAAGUUCCAGUAAUCGCUACAUAAUUUCCCUUGACAAAGAGAGAAACAUCAAAGAAAAUGUGGAAAAUAUGCGGAGAAUAUUAAAUGAUUACCCGGAACAAGGAGCACGUCAUGGUGCUCAUCCAGGAUCACCCGUAUCUGAAACAACUGCAGUUAGUGAUAACUGUACGACACUAAAGAACUAUGGUUACGACAUUAAUGGUGACGUUAUCAGUCCAUGCAUUGUGCUUGGGUUUGAGAAAGAAAAGGGCAGUGGAAUCCCAUACGAUGCUACUACAAGGGAAACUAUUCUUUUUGCAAACAUCACCUGCAAAGCCAAGAAUCAUUUUGACAAGAAAAAAUUUCGAAAACUUGAAAUAUACCGUAGAACAGGAUUUCCAACCAAGACUACGACUGGAAAAUACCUUAGUUUUCUCGUGAUGGUCCAACUAAUAGAGUUGCAGCGAGGCAGUAAUGUUACGAUGAAUUGUUGGGUGCAAAACACGCCCAAGAACAUUCUGACAAAUGAAAACAAAGUUGAAAUAUUUUUCUCUUUUCACGGAACAAGUAAUUUACGACCAACGAUGAGUGAAAGCACCAUUUACCAUUAUGAAAGUACGGGCCAGAAAACAAAAACUACACUAAGUAAUACAGUAGGGUGGAUUUUUAACAAAACAACAAUAGCCGUUAUUCCUACUACCAUAACAACAGAUUACAGCCAUCAGUCUAAUCAAACGGAAAUCUUAACUCUAGGUAAACUAACAACAGAUCAGAAUCUUCUGCUUAACCAAACUACUAAACAAUCAACAGAUGUGACCACAUCAACAAAAUGGACUUCUGAUCACACAACAGAAACUGUAAGAGAAGUACUGGUAAAUGCAACAACAAAUGGGAGAUUUCAUCAGCCAUCAGACACUGUUCCAAAUAUAAACACGUCAACAAAUUGGACUUAUGAUCACACAACAGAAACCAUAACAGAUGUGAACGUGUCAACAAAUUGGACUUCUGAUUACACAACAGAAACCGUAAGAGGUGUAUUAAUGAAUGCAACAACAAGUGGGAGAUUUGAUCAGACAUCAGACAUUUUACCAGAUAUAAACACGUCUACAUAUUGGACUUCUGACCACACAAUUUCACAUCUGUUAUGGUUUCUUGUAUCGACAACUUGGAGCUCUGAUGAGGCAACAGAAACCGCAUCAGAUGUGAACGUAUCCACAAAUUGGAUUUCUGAUCAGACAACAGAAACCACAACAGAUGUGAACACGUCAACAGAUUGGAUUUCUGAUUACACAACAGAAACUGGAAAAGAUGUGAACGUAACGACAUCUUGGAGCUCUGAUGAGGCAACAGAAACCGCAUCAGAUGUGAACGUAUCGACAAAUUGGAUUUCUGAUCAGACAACAGAAACCGUAGCAGAUGUGAAUACAACAGAGAAAAAGAAAACCGGAAUUGAGUUUGAUUCUACAUUUAACAGUAUCACGACCCUCUCAACAAAUUCUGAAACUCCUAUCAUAAACAAUGCAACAAACACAGUUACGUCAGCUACCAUUUCGCGCCUAAGUCAGAGUACAAGUCCUAGCACAGCAGGUGUAGCAAAUGACGACAUUUUCGGAGGUUUUAAUCAUGUUCACUAGUGUAAUCUGGUUCAUGCAAAUAGACUAUUAUUGUUUUUAUGUUUUUAUCAUUGCUGUUUUAUUUUGAAAUAGAUUAUUCUGUUCUCAUGAUAGGCUUAAUGUGGAAUAAUAUGAAUAUAGGUAAAAUGUUAUUUUUCUAACUAUUUUUUUAUAAAAACUGUUUAUAAAAUUCGACAUAUCUCUCUAACAUUUAUUCUAAAAUACUUCACUAUAAAAAUUAUAUCGUGUUUCAUGAUCUAUAAUACUGACUUGUUAAUUUCCACAUAAUUACUAACUUGUUAAUUUUCAAAUACUUAUAACGAGAUAAGCAAAGGAAACUUAGGAUUUAUAUUGCUCACCCAAAACGAGUGUAAAUACUUAGCCAGUUAUCUUCUAACAGCCGAAAAACAGUGAAAACUUCUACUAUAUGAGCCUUCACAGUCAAUAAACUCAUAAAGAACACACAAAGGCGAUGUUUCUAUCCGUUUCAAUGAACUCUUCCUUCAUAAUUUAGCUGUAUGAAUACACUUAACUUUUCAAUGAUUUCUAAUUAUGUUUGUGGAGGUGGGGGGGGGGGGUCUUAAAUUCAUUUCUACUAAUUUCAAAUGCUUAACUAGGGAUGUUAUGAGCCAGUCACUUAUAACUUUAAAGGUUUAACUAGGUAGUGUCUGGGGUUCUCCUUACUCAAUCCUAGAAACUAUAAGUGCUCCUUCAAAGCUAUCUUUAUUUUAGAGAAAAAACUUUUGAAUGACUGCUAAUGGAGUGGUGGUGAUGUAAACAUCUCCUUAUUUUGAACUUUUGAAGUGUUUAAAAACGUAUAAUAAUUUGAAAUAAUCCAUUUUCCGUGUUUUGUAAAGUAUGAUUAAUUAGUGAUGCACAUACUCGUUUCUUGUUUGUUCCAUUAUUAUUUCACUACUUCUUGAAACUUGUAACAAAUAGUCAAAACAGUCAGUUAUGGAGUUAUUUUGAAAUGUAUAUACCAAAUUUUAUCAUAAAAAACACUAAAAAUAUAAUAUCAUAUUUUGUCAUAUAGUGUUCUAUUAUAAGAUUUAUAAAGCCGUUUUCAGACAUUUCAAGCAUUUGUCCAUGUAUAUAUUCAUAAAAUAUAAAACGUUUAAGCUUAAAAGUUGCAAGUAUUAUUAUUUAUUUUCGUCUUUCAUAAGACGUUUCGUUAACCUUAAGUCUUGCUGUGUUUGAUUUUUUUCUUUGCACUAAACAGUUCAAUUCACAAGUGCUAACUUUCGCCUAAUUUUUCCAGAAUGAGUGAAAUAAACUAUCUAGUGGAUACUUGCAAAAUACAUUAAUCUCAGUGAAACUAACUGGGACAAACACUUGCUGUAUGUCAUGAUGAUGUACCAUACAAUGGAAUACAGUUCGACUGGCUAUUCAUUUAACAUGCUCAUGUUUGACAGAGAAAUAUUGCUCCUUAUAAUCAUACAGGAAUAUAUUGAGAGGCCAUAAACUGCAUUAGUUAACACACGUGAAUUUGCAUAUCACAAGUUGGGAACACCGCUGUAUGGCAGAAGAGAUGUUAUUACAAAAGAGUCAAAGAGCAUUCAUACAACAUGGGGAUGGGUCUGGCUUUGGUGUGUGCCAGUAGCACAUAAGACACUCAGCUCUGAUUAAGUGGGUCCAUAGUUACUACUAUGACAAAUUGUUUCAUUGAUGUAUGAGAUAUAGUUUUUGCAUGGUGCAUGUAAUAGCAUGGAAAAUCUUGAUAUGCUGUAACCAUACAUUACAGAUGCACCUCUUGUGCACCGAAUAGGCCAGAAUCAAAGGUUAGGAUCAGUUAGUCAGAGGACAAGUAUACUGUGUCAUAUCAUCUCAGCUCAGCUGAAGAAGGGGAAGGAGAACAAAAUACUUAUAUUUCUGUGCAUAAUAAAUCAGAUAUGAGUGACAUUAGAUUGGUUGUAGGCUGAGAUGCAGACUAUGCCUUUCUGACUGAUGUGGCUGGGAUUAUCUGCUAAAUCAAAAACUAGUGAAGAAGCUAGUGACUGAGAUAAAAUAACAUUCCUUGCUUUCACAGUUAAUGGGUGAUGCAGUCUAACAAAAUGCACGGACUAUAUUUUGUGACUACCACUUGAUUAUUAGCAGUUAGGACAGUCACUGAUUAUUAGGUUAUUGAUUGGAAGAAAGUGAUUAUUCUAAGUUUUCAAGCUAUAAAGUGGUGUUUGCUGAAUGAUGUUCAUGAAAUCAAAAAGGACUAAAAAUAACUAAAAGAACUUUUUGACCCUUGUUUUCUGAGCUAUUAUAUGAUACUGUUUUGACAAUUAAACGUGUAACUACUAGAUUUUGUAACUACUACUCAGCUGUUAGCAAAUUAUGAUAAUUGUAAAUGUUUAGAUGUAUGGGACGUUUAUGACUCUUAUUUUCCACUUUCCAAGCUGUUGAGAAGAGUGUUGCAUGUGAUAUCUACAGGUUAUUGGCUGACAGUUGCUCGAUUACUGCACAAUUAGGAUAGAAUGUGUUGUUAGAUGUAAUGCCUAGAAAAGUUUGCACAAAUGGAAAUUUUGGCUAGGACUUUGGAAACUGAAUUGAAAGGGUGUUUGUCUCUUAUUUUGCGAGUCAUUGAGAGACUUUCUCCAGGGAAUCACUCAACCAAAGCUUCAUGAGUAAUGUUCACUAUCUAGUUGAGUGGUGAAAGUUCUUGAGAACCUCCCGUGGAAUGCUCACUAGAGGAACUAAGUACACACGAAUGUGUGUAACACAUCCAUGUAUGGUGAAAAGUUGUACUCUCAGCCAGCACAGAAUGUAAAUCAGGUUAUAAUGGGUCUGAAUGGAAUAGAUUUUAUUUCAUUGGAUUUGCAAGAAGUUAUUUUUCUGUGGUACUAACUGUAACAAGUAGAUCAACUUCUGUAGUGAUGUGAUAAGUUUACUAGUUUGAUGACUGGUGUUGGCAGAAAAUAUUAUUCACUGUGGAUUAUAGUAUUUAGCCUAGACUGGAAUGAGAGUGUGGAAGGUACGCAAGGUAAUGACAGUGCAAAUACUAAUCCUACCUAGGAGAAUGUUUGCUGAAAAGUUUUGAUUCAGUUGAAUUCUGCCAUCUUAUUUAUUUUGUAAUGCUUGAAAAUAAGUUUAGUUUUGCUGCUCACAAAUUGUGGCAUGUUGCAGCACCAUAAUCAUUGAUGUAUAGCUUAAAUAGUAUCCUAAGUUUGUUAACAUAGUAAUGGUUUACGAUGCCAGAGUCAAUCUGUUUGCAACUACUGGUAUGUACUGUGGAAAUGUAGUAUUUGGCUGUGCAAAAUGUUUUUCAAUUUUUUUAAUUCAAAGGUAAUUUCACUAAAUUUUUAUUUUUCACAAGAUUGGAAUAUAGCAUUACUCAAGCAAGUUUAUAACUUUAACUUUACCCCAGGAGCUAAAUGAAUCACGUGGAGAUCAGGUGCUAUCUUGUCUGGUUCUCCUACAAGAAUAACAAUGUCUUUUUUAAAUUAGUAUGCAAAGUUAUUUUUGUCAACAAUUCAGGCAGUAGUUGAGGGUGGACUUGUUCAGGAUCUUCAUUGACCAUUGGCCAACUGAUCUAACAUGCAUCAAUCACAAUUUUCUUGUUUCAGAAACUUGUUUACAGCAGAGUUGGAACCUGAGAGAACAAAUUUUAAAGGUAUUUUCUACAUGAUGUGUUUACAUUUCAUGCAGAAUUUACCAAAAUGUUACCUGAUCUCACUUAUAUAAAUGUUAAAGAGAUAUUUAGUAAAAUAACAUGGUUAAAUUCAUUCUGGACUUCACCAGUGAUUUUAUAGUGUUUCUGCAACUUUAACUUCCACACAACACUCUUAGAGUUCUUGCUUUUGAUUGCUGAUAAGAGAUUUGUGUAGUUUCACUCUGCGAGAACUCUUCAAGUUCCUUUGUAACUUUAAAGCUAAGUUUCAUCUUCGUUUAUGUGGCCAUCAUUUGGCUUUUGCCUAUAAUUUAGUUAAGUAGUUGUUUAGGUUCACCAGUGAGUGAAUAGUGAAUAAGUUGCUCUACAGGGUAGUGGAGUAUAGAUUUAUAUUUAAAAUAAAACAUACAGUGCUAUUGUUAUUUAGUAAGGUUAAGGUGAGAGUUAGCUUUGUUGUGUUAAAAUUGAAUUUGGAGAUACUUUCUGCUUGUAAUUCUCUUUUAUAUGUUAGGCUAUAUUUUAGGGGUGGGAAUAUGUCCUAACGAGGAUAUAUUAUUUAAUAAAGUCUUUAUCACUACUUCUUGUCAAACAUCUUUCUUUUGAUACACAUGUAAAUACACAAUCACUUGCCUUAUAUUGUAAAAUAGUGCAUUGUUGUUUUUGUACUGUGAAUAUCUCAAUUAAAUAUUGGU